AUGAGUAAUUCUUGUGAAAUCCCCCAAGGUCGGGAGUAUGCCAACGAAAAUGUCAACGACGACCCACCAAGCGCAAGUGCGCUAACGGCCGCCGACGCGAUUGAGGUCUUUGAUGAAGAGGGCAAGAAACAUACCUUCAGAAGCAUCUACAAAAGACCAGACCUGCCAAAACGUGUUCUCGUCGUCUUUGUCCGCCAUUUCUACUGCUGCUCAUGUGUCCAUUACACCAAAUGGCUCGUCGAAAACGCCACCCCAGAAAAGCUCCAAAAGCUCAACACAGCAAUAAUCAUUGUCGGCCACGGCGACCCAAAGCAAAUAGAAAUGUACCGUCAAGAAACAGGCUGGCAAUAUCCCAUCUACACAGAGCCCUCCGAGAAGAUAUACAGCACUCUGGGUAUGAUCAAGACAUGGAAAGAUGGGCCGCCGAAUAAUUAUAUGCCUCAUUCGUAUGCUUAUGCUGCGUAUUGGUCGAUUAAGCUGGCGAUUUGGAGAUUCAUGCAAGGAUACCCGGUGUUUUCUUCUGGUGCGCCGAAUUUGCAGGGCGGGGAGUUUAUGUUUGAGGGGGAGGGAGAGGAGAGGGUUGUUACUUGGUGUCAUCGAAUGAAGCAUUCGAGGGAUCAUGCUGAUACUGAUGAGAUUAGUGAGGUUCUGGGGUUGAAUAAGGUAUAA